CGCGCACGGCUCUCCCUCAGCUCGUCACAGUGUUUCCCGUUGCUCUGUAUUUAUAAGGCGCCGUGGUGAGCGCAAAGGCACAAGCAUGCCUCUUCUCUAGAGGGGCACAUCGCGUCGCAGCCACUAGAGACGAUUCUUUUUGACAGAGCUGUGUAGCUGCUGCUGCUGCUGCUGCUGAGGAAGAGUCGCGGGAGUUUUACCCCAAGUUCUCCAAAGCAGGUCGCUGAGAAGGCGACUUUGUUCUCAGGGAAUAAUCCCAGAGAACACACAUAUAAUUACCAGAAAGCACACACGCACACACACACACACACACACACAAACACACAGCCACAUACAGUCAACAUGCAGGAGUCCGAGCCUACAGUGUGCCAGCUGCAGCCCAACAUCAUCUCUGUGCGUCUGUUCAAGAGGAAGGUUGGUGGUCUGGGCUUUCUGGUAAAGCAGAGGGUUUCCAAGCCGCCUGUCAUCGUGUCAGACCUCAUCCGUGGUGGCGCCGCAGAAGAGUGUGGCCUGGUGCAGGUGGGCGACAUCGUCCUGGCUGUCAACAACAAGCCUCUGGUGGAGCUGUCCUAUGAACGGGCCCUGGAGACACUGAAGAAUGUGUCACCUGAAAGCCAUGCCGUGCUCAUACUUCGUGGACCUGAGGGCUUCACCACCCAUCUGGAGACCACCCUCUGUGGAGAUGGCCGCCAGCGUACAGUGAGGGUUACACGCCCUGCUUUCCCACCCUCCAAGUCCUUUGAGCACUGCUCUCCACUCAGUCCUUUCAGCCCUGGGCAACAGCAGCAGAUCAACAAGGAGCCUCAGCUUCGAGCCAUAGAGAACCUGUCCUCUCCAUCCAUUACCCAGUCCCUCCUGCAGAGGGGGGGCAUACAGGCCCAGGACCCCCUGCUGAUGAAGGAUGGAGGCCGUGGAACUCUUUUGUGUAAUGGUCUGGAGGAAAACAACGAUCUGCUGAAGGAGAUCGAACCGGUGCUGCGCCUCAUCAAAAACACCAAAAAGGAGAUCAAUGGGGAAGGCCAGAGGAAUGCAGGAAGAAGGGAUGCCGAGAUUCAAGUGGCCUGGGACCUUGGCGUGGGAAACGGCAUGUCUCUCCAGCUGGCGUCAGAUAAAGAAAGACUGCCGGAAAACAUGCCACUGGUGUGCAAGAACACUGACAAGCCCCUCGAGCGCGACAUGACUUCUCCCACUAAGACACAGCAGAACGGCAGUCCCUCCAAAUGUCCCCGCUUCAUGAAGAUCAAGAACUGGGAGAAUGGCAUCAUCUUCAAUGAUACACUCCACUACAGCUCCAGCAAAAAUCCAGUCUGCUCUGAAAAUGUGUGCUUGGGCUCCAUGAUGACGCCGAACUAUCGCAAACCAGACGAAGUCAGAUCCAAAGAGGAGCUGCUUUCACUGGCCACAGACUUCAUAGAUCAAUACUACACCUCCAUCAAAAGGAAUGGCUCUAAGGCCCAUGUGGACAGGCUGGAGGAGGUCACCAAGGACAUCGAGGCUUCGGCGACAUACCAGCUGAAGGACACUGAACUCAUUUACGGAGCUAAACAUGCCUGGAGGAAUGCUGCCCGAUGUGUUGGGAGGAUCCAGUGGUCCAAGCUACAGGUCUUUGAUGCUAGAGACUGCACAACAGCUCAUGGAAUGUACAACUACAUCUGCAACCAUAUCAAGUAUGCCACUAACAAAGGCAACCUGAGGUCAGCCAUCACCAUAUUUCCUCAGAGGACAGAUGGCAAACAUGACUUUCGAGUGUGGAACACUCAGCUGAUUCGUUAUGCAGGCUACAAACAGCCUGAUGGAAAGAUCCUUGGAGACCCGGCUAAUGUGGAAUUUACAGAGAUCUGCAUCCAGCUGGGAUGGAAAGCUCCAAAGGGUCGUUUUGAUGUCCUGCCCCUCCUGCUGCAAGCCCAUGGAAAUGACCCCGAGUUGUUUGAGAUUCCCGAAGACCUCAUCCUGGAGGUGCCGAUCACUCACCCAAAGUACGACUGGUUCAAAGACCUGAACUUGAAGUGGUAUGGGCUCCCAGCGGUUUCCAGCAUGUUGCUGGAGAUUGGCGGCGUGGAGUUCACUGGCUGCCCCUUCAGUGGGUGGUACAUGGGCACAGAGAUUGGCGUGAGGGAUUUCUGUGACAGUUCACGCUACAACAUUCUGGAGGAGGUUGCUGACAAGAUGAACUUAGACACAAGAAAAACUUCAUCUCUUUGGAAAGACCAGGCACUGGUGGAGAUCAACAUUGCUGUUCUCUACAGCUUCCAGACAUGCAAAGUGACCAUAGUUGACCAUCACUCAGCUACAGAAUCUUUCAUGAAGCACAUGGAGAACGAGUAUCGGGUGCGAGGUGGCUGUCCUGGAGAUUGGGUGUGGAUUGUUCCUCCCAUGUCAGGAAGUAUCACGCCUGUUUUCCACCAAGAAAUGCUCAACUACCGGCUCACCCCCUCCUUUGAGUACCAGCCUGAUCCAUGGCAUACACAUGUGUGGAAGGGAGUCAAUGGGACACCCACAAAGAAAAGAGCCAUUGGAUUUAAGAAGCUUGCCAAGGCUGUGAAGUUUUCGGCCAAACUUAUGGGCCAGGCAAUGGCCAAGAGGGUAAAAGCCACAAUACUGUUUGCCACGGAGACAGGCAAAUCGCAAGAUUAUGCCAAAACUCUCUGUGAAAUCUUCAAACACGCGUUUGACGCAAAGGUCAUGUCGAUGGAUGAGUAUGAUGUGGUCGACUUGGAGCAUGAGACACUUGUGUUAGCAGUGACCAGCACUUUCGGCAAUGGAGAUCCGCCUGAAAACGGAGAGAAAUUUGGAGCCGCCUUAAUGGAGAUGCGACACCCAACAUCCAACACAGAAGACAGAAAGAGCUACAAGAUUCGUUUCAACAGCGUGUCCUCCUACUCUGACACUCGCAAGUCCUCCAGUGAUGAACCGGAUGCCAGAACAAACUUUGAGAGCACUGGACCACUAGCUAAUGUCAGUCCCAAAAAGAGAAGUGACCAGGUAGUCACAGCAAAGAUGCAGACACCUCCAAACAUCUCUGGAAAUCAAGCCAACUGCCGACGUCCGCUGCGGUUCUCAGUGUUUGGCCUUGGCUCCAGGGCCUACCCACACUUCUGCGCCUUUGCCCACGCUGUGGACACGCUGUUUGAGGAGCUGGGGGGAGAACGCAUCCUACGCAUGGGAGAAGGAGAUGAGCUGUGCGGUCAGGAGGAGUCUUUCAGAACCUGGGCCAAGAAGGUUUUUAAGGCUGCUUGUGAUGUGUUCUGUGUCGGCGAUGAUGUAAACAUCGAGAAGGCCAACGACUCCUUGAUCAGUAAUGACCGUAGCUGGAAGAAAAGCAAGUUCCGCUUGACGUACACAGCUGAAGCCCCAGUGCUCACUGAAGCAUUAUACAGUAUUCACAAGAAGAGGGUUUAUGGAGCAAAGAUGUUAGAAUCACAAAACCUACAAUGUCACAAAUCCAAUCGCUCCACCAUAUUUGUGCGGCUCCACACAAACAACCACGACAGCCUGCGCUACAAGCCCGGCGACCAUCUGGGCAUCUUCCCUGGCAACCACGAGGACCUGGUUACAGCGCUCAUCGAUAAAUUGGAAGAUGCUCCACCUGUCAAUCAAAUUAUUAAAGUGGAGUUCCUGGACGAGCGAAACACUGCCCUUGGGGUAAUCAGUAAUUGGACAAAUGAGACUCGUAUCCCUCCAUGCACCAUCUAUCACGCCUUCCAGUAUUUCCUGGACAUCACCACCCCACCGACCCCUGUGCUGCUGCAGCAGUUUGCUGCUCUUGCAACCAGUGACAAAGAGAAAAAGAAACUAGAGCUCCUCAGUAAGGGCUUGCAGGAGUAUGAGGAGUGGAAGUGGUACAACAAUCCGACACUGGUGGAGGUGCUAGAGGAGUUCCCCUCUAUUCAGAUGCCCUCCACUCUGCUGCUCACCCAGCUGCCCCUGCUGCAACCUCGCUAUUACUCAAUCAGCUCUUCACCUGAUCUGCACCAAGAAGAGAUCCACCUCACAGUUGCUGUGGUCUCUUACCGUGCCAAAAAUGGAGAAGGACCCAUUCACCAUGGAGUGUGCUCAUCAUGGCUCAACAGGAUAGAGAAGGGGGACAUGGUGCCAUGUUUUGUCCGAAGUGCACCAUCGUUCCAGCUUCCCAAAGACAACCAGGCACCUUGUAUCUUGGUGGGUCCAGGGACUGGUAUCGCCCCAUUCAGAAGCUUCUGGCAAAAAAGACUCUAUGACCUUGAACACAAAGGGAUUGAAUCGAGUCCCAUGGUCCUGGUAUUUGGUUGUCGGCAGUCUGAGAUGGACCACAUCUACAAGGAGGAGACAAUCCAGGCCAAGAACAAAGGGGUGUUCAAGGAGCUCUACACGGCAUAUUCUAGAGAGCCUGGCAAACCAAAGAAAUAUGUACAGGAUAUACUGCGUGAGCAGCUGUCAGAGAUGGUGUACCAGUGCCUGCGGGAGGAGGGAGGACACAUCUACGUGUGCGGGGAUGUAACGAUGGCUGGAGAUGUUCUCAAGACGGUGCAGCAAAUCGUCAAGCAGCAGGGCAACAUGAGCCUGGAGGACGCUGGCUUCUUUAUCAGCAAGCUUCGGGAUGAGAAUCGCUACCAUGAGGACAUCUUUGGUGUCACCCUGCGCACUUAUGAGGUCACAAACCGACUGCGCUCAGAGUCCAUCGCCUACAUCGAGGAGAACAAAAAGGAUUCGGAUGAGGUUUUCUGCAUGUAAGUUGAUGAAUGGGGGCUCUCUGAGAACAACCAGUCUGGAGGAUUCAGCAGCACUGGUUUAGAGAAUACUGUGCCAAUUUUUUUACUGUAAAAAUGUCUUUCUUUCUUUCUUUCUUUCUUUCUUUCUUCCUUUCUUUCUUUCUUUCUUCCUUUCUUCCUUUCUUCCUUCCUUCCUUCAUUUUUUAUAAACCACUUUAAUGUUUCUGUUGGACUUGCAAUUUUGUCCGUAGCAAGUUGGAAAUGUUCUGUUGUCUGAGAAUCUGUUUUGCUUGUUGAUGAUACUUCCAAAAAUUAUACAAUUGAUAAAUUAUAAUUUAUUAUGUGUAAACCUGUUGUGAUGACCUGCCUCAUUGUGGAUGCAUGACCAAGGAAAGAAUAUACUCAAUGAAUAUAAUAUACUCUGUAUUAUUGUUACAGUAAAAAAAAAAAAAGAAUGUUUGUUUGUUUUCUUUUGUUUUGUUUUUUGGGGGUUUUAUAUUUGCAAGGGCAUCUGUUUGAAAGUGUCUGAUUUAUGACUUAAGUUGACUCAGAAUCAGGGCUGAUCAAAUGUGUUUGUUUUCCUCUUUUUUUUUAUAUCAAAGGCUGUAGAUUCAGAAAAGGUUUGAAAUGUGAACGAUGUACAGCCAUUCAUGGAUUCAUUGGUCACCCUGACUUAUGUUACAAACAUAUGAUCCAGCUCUUGACAGCAGGUAGUUUUUAAGGAUGGACGAUGCAUUUACACCUCCACUGUACAAAAAUUAAACCAAAUUAUUCUGAAUACGAGUGCUGAUAUUGAUAUCCUGUGCUGGUGAUGGAUCAUGGAGUACAGCUGCGACGUUGAGGUACCACCUGACUUACUGCAAAUGAGUCGUCUCGGUCAUGAUUAGCUCGAUGUUUAAAUCUUCUGAAGUGUGAAAGAGUUUAAGACGUAUUCUACUGCCAGCCACCAGGGGGUGAACAAGAGGGUUGGAGUUAUUUUAAUGAGGAACUGCCAUUUCCCCAGUCUUCAUUUACAGCGUCUGAUUGGUGAGCCUGUGUGUUAGCGCUCUGGCCUGUCCAUCCUCUCAUAACAUCAUCACAUCAUCACAUGUCCCAGCACGUUCUGGCCCGUUGGAGGGCGCACGCUAAAGAGGACAUUUUAUUUGACGGCUUUCAGGUUGUAUCCAAUUAUGAAAGAUCAUGACAUAUACUAUAAUGACGCUUUGAAAACCACAGGGAAUAUGAUUGUUACAGCCAGUAUUCAGUUAGCAGGCGUUCACACCAAACGUUGUACACAAACCAAAGUUCCAUACAUUUUAUAGUCGGUUAACUGUGUGGCUUGUUCCUGGUUGGAAGCAGAGGUAUUAACCCCCCCCCCCUCCAAAAACCUCUUUGUACACACAGAAUGCAAUUUGAAAUUAAAAUACCAAUUACAAAAGGGUAUGCUGGUAAGAAGGUGUUGUUACCUUCAGCUGCUCGGCGUCCAGUCUUCACUCAUCUGAGCCUGGAGUGUUGUGUUUACCCCACAAAAGCAUGGUAGUGGUAUCGACCACUGCACUCUCACUAAGAGAGAUGUUUUUCCUCCAUAAGAUGUUAAACUCAACCCUUUAAAAAGCCUGUGUGCGACACAACCUUCGUUGUUAAGGGAAGCGGAACAUAUUUGUUUGAGCACACUGUGCUACCACACAUCAUAUCUGGCAGCUGUCAAAUGUGCACAGCAAUCACCUGUUGACCUUUAUUUUAUUUCUUUUUUUCAGCAUCACGACUCCGAUGCCUCUUGCCUUACAUUAACUCUCAGCUUCUGCCUACAUCUCUCUCUCUCUUUUGUCUAAUGCCACUCUUUCACUGUGACCUGACACCUGCUUGGUAGCAUCAGCUUGUGUGAGUGAAUGUGUGCGUGUGUGUCAUAAGUGCGUGCUUCUCUAUAUAAGUGGGUGUAAACAUGCACGUUUUUACAUUACCUAAGUGGUGAGAUUUAAAAUCAAAUUUGGUGCUCCCGUAUUCACACGAUCCCGAUCUUACAGAUGGUAUUUAGGUGUCAGGAAACUCAGCAGCUCAGUAUACUAUUAUAAAUUCCAGGGAAGAUUUAUCUUAUCCAAAGCGGAGAGGCAGCGGUGCUGCAGCUGUGUUCACUUGCUGCUUUCCAGUUUGUCAGGGUUGUCAUUUCAAUACAUUUGUGCUGCAGCCACAUUGUUUAUUGAUCAAAUCUGAAGAAACCUGCAGGUUUUUCUCCUUUUCACAGUCUUGUCGAUAACCUGGUCUCUUAUUGACUGUAAAGAUAGCUGUCAUUGUGAUACUAAAGAUUUCAGUGUGAGGUCCAGUUGUCCCUCACGGCUGCAAAGAAUAUGUUAGCUUUUUUGUUUGUUUGUUUGUUUGUUUGUUUUCCUCUGAAUUAACGGACAAUUCCCAUUGUCCCCUCUGCUGUUUGUUCGGGAUGAAUGUCUCCUCUGUAUCAUUUCUUUAAACAGACUUUGUUUCAUUUGAAUGAGAACAUCUCUGUGGUGUAAAACAGCAAAACAGUUGAUACAAGAUCAUCGCUUCUAUACAUAAAUAUACAUAUUAUAUAUAUAUUCAAAGCAUAGCAUAUAAAGAGUAACACUUUGAUCUUUUUUAAGAAUGUAUUUUGAUUAUGUAAAUGAGCACUAUGAUUCUGCUUUAAAAUUCUGAAAAAAAGAACAAAAAAGCCUAUUCUAUAAGGUGUCUCACAUAUCUUUUAGGUAUGGGGAUAAAACAGCAGCAUUAAAUAAAUGCAUGGUGAUCUCUGUCCUAAAAAAAGAAAAAGAAAAGAGAAGCUCUGUCUAUUUACCAGCACUGUGCCAGUCAGUGAGACUGUAUUGUGAGGUCUGGCCUGUUCCACAGGAGGCUUUGGAUGCUUAAAAAAAGAAAAAAAAGAAAAACUUUUUGGAGGGAGUUUCUUUUUCUGUGUUUGCAUAUUGCUGCUAUGACCAACUCUGAUCCAAACAGCCUCUGCUAUAAUGACCUUUGUUGUGUAUUUAAAUAAGGAUAUUCCAUUUUAAUGCGUCAUCUGCAAGGACUUUGCAUUUACUCACAAAUAAAAAGAAACAUUUACAGAAUA